AUGGAACUUGGAACUAUUCUCUAUCCAUUCAAAUCUAUUACACCAGCUCUUGUUGAACUGUUUAACUAUUUAAAUGUUGAAACUAAUGACUAUGAAAUCUUAGUUAAGGAAAAUACAACAAAUUAUUUGAUGACUCUAUUUAGUCAGUUGAUCAUUCUCAAUUCUAAAAAUAUUACAAUAAGGACAUACUAGUCUUCAAAUAUCAGUGCUUUGGGAGCUAAAUCUACUCUAUACAUUUUGUCUGAUAAAUUUUACAAGAUCGCAUAUGAGACUAGAUUUAGUCUGAUAAAUGAAACUUUUAAUUUUAACAACAAAUUAUAGAAUGGGAAGAUUUCAUCAGAUGAAAUCAUCAUUAUGUCUCCUAAAGCUGAAUUAAUCAUUAUGCGUAGUGAAGUCAAGUUUGCUUUUUUCUGGGAAAUUCAGAGCAAGACAAUUACAUUCUUAGUAAAUACAUUAAUGCUUUAAUUCUUGGAAAUUAUAGAAUGUAAUUUUUAAUCUCUAUGGCAGAGUGAUGACAUCUUUGAGUCCUCUUAAUUUGAGAAUAGAGAAUUCAACAUUGAUAACAGAUUGGGUUAAUCUUUUUCAACAAAUGAUGAUGCCAAUAAAUAACAGUUGUUGAUUGAUUCAACUUCACUAUGCCCAUUUGAUACAGAUAAUAAAAUCAAAAAGACUUAAUUUUCUAAUAUCUACAUAAGUUCAGAUGCUCAUAUUCCUAAAACUGCAAUUUAAUACUAAAUCAAUUGCCAGUUGAAAUCAGACCUUGGAAAAAGAAAUUAGGAAUGUAUUUUCGAAAAUAUAACUGCAGAGCAUCUAUAUUCUUCAAUUACCCUUCUUAAUAUAGCGACAUAGAAUCUUAAUGUCACUUUCAGUAAUAUAACUAACAGAAACGUUUCAAUUGGUCCAGUUUAGGCUUUUCAUCUUAUCUUUGCAGGCACAAAUACUAUCUAGCUUAUAGACACUAAAUUUUAUGAUUGCAACACUCAAUCUAGAAUAGCAGUUUGUUUAGUCUUAUAUAACAAUAUGUUUAUCGAUAACUUGAUCAUGAUAAAUAACACCUUGGAUAGAUUGAAAAAUGGAUUCUGCUUUGUCAAGGGAGCUUCUAAUCCUACUACUGCAAUUUAGUCAUUCAAUAAUCUAUAUUUCAAAGGCAAUAAAGUGAACUCAAAUUAAAGUAAUGAUGAACUUAGACAAGGCUCUUACAUAAUAAGAUUCGAUGAAUAUACACUUGUAGCGAAUUAGGCUGAGAAUAGUACUUUCAAUAACAUUUCAGUCAUUGGAAAUGAGGUUAACUUCUUUGUCUUUAGUGGAUUUAAGAAUUACUCAGGAUAGAUACUUAUGCAAGCUGGAGACGUUGAUUAGUUUGAUUUACCUCUAUAAGUUUCAAUUAUUAGUUGUAAUUUUACCUACAACUAUGCUGUCAUUUAAUCGAUGAUAUCAGUCAAGACCAAUUCUAAAUUAACAAUAAAUAAUACUCUGUUUAAUCAUACUUUCUCAUAUGCUAGAGGAAGCAUUGCAUUGGCUGAUUAUCAGAAUGUUUAAAUCACUAUUUACAACUGUAUAUUUUUUGAAAACACAGCAGUUGAUGGUGGACUAUUCUUUAUCCACUAUGGAAGUAAUGUCGACAUCUAUAAUUCUUAUUUUGAAAAUAAUACUGCCUUGAUCGGAAGCAUUGCUAUGAUUGAAAAUUAAGGAUAAAUAAAGAUAAAAGAUUCAGUUUUAAGAGAAAAUCAUGCUCUCAAAAGCUCAAUUAUAGCAAUCAUCGACUCAAGUGAUAAAACUUCUAUUUUUGAUAACUGCACUUUUGAAAGAAACUAACCAUUAGAUCCUUAUUCUUACUCUAUUCUAGUUUUUUCAUAAUGGAGAGAUCCUAGAUAUAAUAUGUUUACCAUUCCUAAUACAUUACUUAAUAGGAAUUACAUGCUUAACGAAAUCUAAUAUACUUUUAGCGUCAGCAAAUCUAAUUUUAUUAUUAAAAAUUCUCUCAUCAAGGAAGGAAUAAACUUUAUCAUCUCUUACAUUUCAGAUAUAAGUGUAACAAAUGCAUUAUUUGAAAAUGUAUAAAUUGAUGAAUCUGAAGGGUCAUUCUUUUCCUUAACCUCAUCAAAACUUAGAAUCACAGAUGUAGUCCUAAGAAAUUUCACCUAUUAAAAUCAGAAAAUUACACAUAAAUAAUAUCUUAUCGAACAAAAUUUAAAUUCAGUUCUGAGAUUAAGAAACACCACAAUAACAAACUCUAAUAUUCAAAUUAUCAAUUCAAUCAAUUCUAACUUGACUAUUAUUAAUACAACUAUCUCAAAGAUUUAGCACUAUGGUAUUAAUGAUAAGUUACUUAAAAUGGAUUCAUCAAAUAUUUAGAUAAGCACUUCUAAUUUUAACUAGAUCAAAACUCUAUCCUUAAUUCAUGUAUAAAUAAGUAGAUCAAAGAUUGUCUAAAUUUUCAAUUCAAACUUCAGCGACUUUAAUAGAACCCUUUUAGACUUAUCAAUGUCAAAUCUAAAUAUAUACAACUCAAGAUUCUAUUGCAACUCAAAUUAAACAGAUUUCGAUUUAUUAAAUGAAAAAAGACUUUUUGAGUCCUAUCGAUCAGCUGAUAACAGAAUCAUAAAUCAAAAUUCAGGAAUACUUCAAAUAUUCAAUUCAGUUUUUUCAAAAGGAUAUUCUUUAAUUUCAGGUGGAGCUAUAAAUAUAAACAAUGCUAAUCUGAGAAUACAAAAUAAUACGUUUACUGGAAAUGUUGCCUUUGAUAAAGGUGGGUCAAUCUUCUAUAAUAAAUUCAGGCCUUAGAUUUAUGUUAACAACACUUUUGACAUUUAAAAUUAUGCCCCUUAUGGGAAGGACAUCGCUGGAUAUCCAUUCAGUAUUAAGAUAGAGUCCUAUGAUACAUACUAGCUUGCUAGUGGCCAAUCAUAUAAUGGAAAAAUAGUAGUAUCAAUUAUUGAUGUAGAUUAAAAUAGAAUCUCAAAUGAUAACACUUCGUAAUUUAUUCAAUUUUAGAUCAUUUAUAGUACCUUAAACAUUGGAAUAGUCGACCCUAAAUCUAAAGCAACAGGGAAUUAUCAGAUUCAAGUUUAAAAUGGUAUAGGCAUCUUUGAUGCUUUAACUUUUUAUUCUAAGCCUGGAAGCUAAAAUGUGAGCUUCAUCAUUUCCUCCUCCAGUAUUGAUACUGAUUAUAUCUAGAAUAUAUUCAAAAGUAGCAGCUUAGUCAAAGAUAUAACACAGAUUAACAAGCAAUUUGUAUUCUAUGAUUUUAGAAUGUGCAAAAGUGGAGAAGUUACCUUCAAUGAUUAAUGUCUUGUCUGCACCAUAGGAUAUUUCUCAUUUAAUGGAAGUGAUGAUUCAUGUAGAGAAUGUCCUGCUCAUGCUGAUUGCCCAGGAGGAGAUUCAAUAAUUGUAAACAAUGGCUUUUGGCGAUCAAAUAAAUAUUCCACAAGAAUUAUUAAAUGUUUGUAUGAAAAUGCUUGCGUUGGUGGUGUUCUUAAUGAUACUACAGUUAAUGAAUAUCCUUUGUGCUCUUAUGGCUAUGGUGGAAAUCUCUGUGAAAAAUGCUUGCUUAUCGAUGGAAUUCAGUUCACUAGAUUAAAUAAAUAUGAAUGUGGGAAAUGUCCAGACAAAAGAAAUAAUAUUCUAUAUAUAUCUGGGAUAUUUUUAGCAUUGAUAUUUGCUCUUGGAAUAUUGUUAUGGAUUAAUCUAAGAAAAUAAACGGAAAGUGAGACCAGUAUAGUUUUAAGAAUCAUACUUAACUACGUAUAAAUUUUAACAUCAGCUGCUGCAUUUAAUCUUGAUUGGCCUUAUUAUUUGCAAGUGUUUUUUGGAGCAUAUUAAUCAGUUGGAGAGGUAGCAGAGACCUUCAUUUCUUUUGAUUGCUUCUUGGAGGAUACUGGUUUUACAUAGACUGGAGCCUCAACCUAUUAUUUUAAAACUUUGAUGAUUAUCUUAUUGCCUUUGAUUAUGUGCUUUAUAUUCAUUGUGAUAUUUGUGGUUAGGAAUCUAUUUAAGAAAAAUCCAGCUGUUAUUAUGCAAAGAUAAAUUAUUGUUGCUUCUAUUGUAGUGCUAUACUCUCUUCAUCCAACAAUUUCUAGAAUGAGCAGUAGUCUAUUUUUCUGCAUGGAACUAGACUAAAAUGAAUAUUGGCUCUAAUCAGAUUUACAGAUAAGAUGCUGGUCUUCUGAUCAUAUCAAAUGGAGUCUUGGUAUUGGACUUUCUUCAUUAUUAAUUUGGACUCUAGGAAUACCACUAGCUGGCUAUAUUUAUUUAACCAAGAACAAGAAAAAUCUUGGAGAUAAAAAAUUCUUCGGCAAAUUCAGGAUGAUGUAUCAAGGACUAAAGCCUGACUGCUAUUAUUGGGAAUUCGCUAACAUUCUCAGGAAAACUUUUCUAGUACUUGUCAAUGUUUUCCUAAAUCUAUAUCCAAAUAUUUUCAAAGCUCUUAUUAGCUUAAUUGUACUUGCUGCCUACUUAAGUCUGUAAGAAAAGCUAAAUCCUUACAAAAAUCCAGUAUUUAAUAACUUAGAAAGGCGUGAGCUUAUUACUAGUUUGAUUACAUUCUUUGGAGCACUAUUCUUUGUUAGUUCUGAAAUUUCUGAUCUCAUUUAGCUGGUAGUAUUUAUCGUGAUUGUACUAGCUAAUUUCUGGUUUAUAUUAUUGGCUGUCUAUUGUCUACUCAGCACAAUUAAAUAUCCUAUUACAAGGAAGCUUAGCAUAGCAAUGGGAAAAAUUAUACUAACUGAUAGAUUGAUUUUCUUAGAAUAAGAAUAUAGAGCUAGUAAAAGAAUAACAGAUGCUUAAUUUAAAUAAGAUGGAACUGGAAUAGAGAAACAUUAUCUGGAUUAGACUGACUUAAAUGAUUCUUUUAUCCCUGGUUUUAAACAUACGAACUAUACAAUUGCUGAAUAAUAGACGAAAAAGAAUACUACAAUUAAAAGCAUCUUAUUUACAACUAGCAUAAAGCACAUGGAUGAAAACAAAAAAUCUAAAGGUCGCUCUUUCAAAAGCUAAAAACACACCAAUGAUAAAAUGGACACAAAGUCAAAAAUUUAUCCUAAUCAUAAAAGUAUAAGCCAAAGACAACCAGUUAUGAAUAUUGACAUAAGCAAAAUCAAUAAUAGAAACAGAAAUCACAAUAAGCAUAGUCUAUUAAAGCCUAAGGUUGUAGAGAAAAUAGAAUCUAGUUCAGACUAAAAAGUAGAGUCCAAUAUGACUAAAUAUACCGUAGUAAAUUUCAAUGAUCAAUCGAAUCUGAUUUCACAGAAGAAUUAGACUUUGAUUACAGCUGCUUUUGACCCUUAGAAAGAUUAUGAUAGAGUAUCAAAUAUUGUUAAUUUUCCUAGCUAGUUAUUAUCCAAUAUCAAUACAAAUACACAGGCUCUUGAUCAAACAUAAACGAAUAACAAUAGAAAAUUUGACAGUAAUACUCUCAAUUAGCCGAUAGAAAAAAUUAAUCAAAAGCUGACAUUAGACUAAUAUGUAUAAAAUUUGCAGAGAAUUGAUUAGGCUAAGGUAAUUAAUAGAAAUUUAAUUGAGGAAAAGUAGAGAUAAAAACUAAAAAAAGCAUUUGUUAAGGAUGUAUUGAAAAGUAAAGUCAAAGAAAAAUCUGGUAAUAAUGGUAAUUAACUUAUAAAACCUAAUAAAUCUUCGAGGAACUUUACAUUUAUUGAAUUCUAGAAUAAUGAUGAUCCAAAGAAUCUCAAUUCAAUUAUUACCUAGAUCUAAAAAUUCAAAGACACAAAAAAUAGAAAGAAAAAGUAAAAUCCUUAAAUUACACAAUCAUAUAAAUCAGAACAGGAGUGA